AUCCUUUUCUUGGAGAGAAAUUUCCCAAAUCGGAAACACCCUAAAUUCCAAUUCCUCCCCCAAUUCUUGCUUCCUCCCUCCGAUUAUCUCACUCGACAAUGGCCACCGCGAUGGUUCUGGACCCUAAAUCAGCGCUGCCUCAGCCACCGCCGACCCGACCCGCGCCCGAAUCCGACCCGUCGUUCCUGGUCGACGCCGACGACGACCUUUACUCUCGGCUGAAGACUCUGCAGCGGCAACUGGAGUUCUUCGAGAUACAAGAGGAGUACGUCAAGGACGAACUGAAGAACCUCCGCCGCGAGCUGCUGCGGGCGCAGGAGGAGGUGAAGAGGAUCCAGUCGGUGCCCCUCGUCAUCGGCCAGUUCAUGGAGAUGAUUGAUCAGAACAACGCCAUCGUCGGGUCGACUACCGGAUCCAAUUACUACGUUCGGAUUCUCAGCACAAUCAACCGCGAGCUGCUCAAGCCGUCCGGCUCCGUCGCGCUGCACCGCCACUCCAAUGCCCUAGUUGAUGUCCUUCCUCCCGAGGCUGACUCCAGUAUCUCUCUCCUCAGCCAAUCCGAGAAGCCUGACGUUGCUUAUAAUGAUAUUGGAGGAUGUGACAUUCAAAAGCAAGAAAUCCGUGAAGCUGUAGAGCUACCUUUGACACACCACGAGUUGUACCAGCAGAUUGGCAUAGACCCUCCUCGUGGCGUCUUGCUCUAUGGCCCGCCUGGCACUGGGAAAACCAUGCUUGCGAAGGCUGUUGCUCACCACACUACUGCAUCCUUCAUUAGAGUUGUUGGUUCAGAGUUUGUUCAGAAAUACUUGGGAGAGGGGCCGCGAAUGGUUCGAGAUGUUUUUCGUCUUGCAAAAGAAAACGCACCUGCUAUUAUUUUCAUUGAUGAGGUAGAUGCAAUAGCUACAGCUAGAUUCGAUGCUCAAACUGGAGCUGAUCGAGAGGUUCAGCGAAUUCUAAUGGAACUGUUGAAUCAGAUGGAUGGAUUCGACCAGACAGUUAAUGUAAAGGUUAUCAUGGCAACUAAUCGAGCUGACACAUUGGAUCCUGCUCUUCUGCGUCCAGGAAGACUUGAUCGCAAAAUCGAGUUCCCUUUGCCAGAUAGACGUCAAAAGAGGCUUGUCUUUCAGGUUUGCACUGCAAAAAUGAAUUUAAGUGACGAGGUGGAUUUGGAGGACUAUGUGUCUCGACCAGAUAAAAUCAGUGCAGCUGAGAUUUCAGCUAUUUGCCAAGAAGCAGGUAUGCAGGCAGUAAGAAAGAAUCGGUAUGUAAUACUCCCCAAAGAUUUCGAAAAGGGUUACAGAUCCAAUGUGAAGAAGCCUGACACUGAUUUCGAAUUCUACAAGUGAUCUAUUAAGAUUUUCGCGAGGAAAAAAUCUAAAAAAUAUGCGACUCUGUUUUAGCGUUAGUGUGUUGAAACUUGCGUUAUGAAUGUGUAUGUGAAGUUGUUGCCUCGUUGAACUCGGAUCAAUAUUUUAUCUUUAUGUUAUGUUUAAGGUGGCGACUUAAUUUCGUAUUUCGACAUUAUUAUGUGGCUCUUGUCAUGACACAAAUGAUUUUAUUUUGGAUUUUCAUAGUUCUUAUUCUCUUGA